UUUAUUUCAUUGCGCAUUGGUGCAAAUACUGCGAGCGCUAAGCUAUCAAGCACACAUUAUCUUGCAACUUUGCACAUGGUCCAUUUUCGCCGGGAGCAAAAAUAACCGACGAAAUAUUCUAAAUACAGUCACCUCCACCGGAGAACUUUUUCCAUAACAGAACACUGACAGCACAACCGGAGAACCAACACACAGCCACACGCCUAAAAUAUAUCACCUUGCCACAAUAGCAGGAGCUCACCAACACACUUGCUGCCACUAUCAAUCAUACAACAGAGCACCUUACCACACGGUUCAUCAGACCCGGAGCUAACA